AUGACGUCACCGCCGCGAUGUGCAGCGGCGGUUAAGGAUUCCCACAGUGCCGCGCGCCGCCCGCUGACAUGGCGGAGGGCGCCGCGAGUCUGGUGGAGCGCGCCAAGGCGACGCUGGCGUGGUCCUGGAGCUACCUGUGGGCUCUCUGGUUCCUCAUGGUGCUGCUGCUCGUCUACAUCCUCAGAGCCCCGCUCAGGAUCAACGAGAACAUCAACACGGUGGCCAUGUUCCUCAAUACGCUGACUCCCAAGUUCUACGUGGCUCUGACAGGCACAUCCUCGUUAAUAUCAGGCCUCAUCCUGAUAUUUGAGUGGUGGUACUUUCGCAAGUAUGGCACUUCGUUCAUUGAGCAGGUAUCGGUCAACCACUUGGGCCCUCUUCUGGGCGGGGUGGAGAACAACAACUCCCCAGGGUCGUCAUCGAGCAGCAACGGGGGCGAUGCCGACUCCAGUCGGCAGAACGUGCCAGAAUGCAAGGUCUGGAGAAAUCCUCUGAAUUUAUUUAGAGGUGCAGAAUAUAACAGGUAUACGUGGGUGACGGGGCGGGAGCCGCUGACCUACUAUGACAUGAACUUGUCAGCACAGGACCACCAGACGUUCUUUACCCGUGAGACUGACAACCUUCGGUCAGCCGAUUGUACCAUGCAGAAGGCGUGGCGCGAGAGGAACCCCCAGGCCCGGAUUAAAGCCGCUCAUCAGGCGCUGGAACUCAAUAACGAAUCGGUGGGUGGAACAAAGGCAGCUGCCACUAAAACUGGACCAGAAAACACCAAUUGGAGCAGGUGCGCCUCCGCCUACAUCCUGUUGGCGGAGGAAGAAGCCACGACCAUCGUCGAGGCGGAGCGGCUCUUCAAGCUGGCGCUCAAGGCCGGAGAAUCGUGCUACAGGCGCAGCCAGCAACUCCAGCACCACAGCACGCAGCACGAAGCGCAGCACAGACGGGACACCAACGUGCUGGUGUACAUUAAACGGCGGCUCGCCAUGUGCGCUCGCAAGCUGGGCCGCACGAGGGAGGCCGUCAAAAUGAUGAGAGACCUCAUGAAAGAGUUCCCUCUACCAAAUGUGUUAAAUAUUCAUGAAAAUUUACUGGAAGCUCUCCUGGAGCUACAGGCCUACGCAGAUGUGCAAGCCGUGCUGGCCAAGUAUGACGACAUAAGUUUGCCAAAAUCAGCAACAAUAUGUUACACAGCAGCACUGCUCAAAGCCAGGGCAGUCUGUGACAAAUUCUCCCCAGAGACGGCCUCCAAGCGGGGGCUCAGCACAGCAGAGAUGAACGCAGUGGAGGCGAUUCACAGAGCUGUGGAGUUCAACCCCCAUGUGCCCAAGUAUUUGCUGGAGAUGAAGAGCCUCAUCCUGCCACCGGAGCACAUCCUGAAGCGCGGGGACAGUGAGGCCAUCGCGUACGCCUUCUUCCACCUGCAGCACUGGAAGCGGGUGGAGGGAGCGCUCAAUCUGCUGCACUGCACGUGGGAGGGCACAUUUCGAAUGAUUCCUUACCCACUGGAGAAGGGGCAUCUUUUCUACCCGUACCCCAGCUGCACUGAGAGUGCAGACCGAGAGCUGUUGCCAGUGUUCCACGAGGUAUCCGUCUACCCGAAGAAGGAGCUGCCGUUCUUCAUCCUCUUCACAGCGGGGCUGUGCUCCUUCACCGCCAUGCUGGCCCUGCUCACCCACCAGUUUCCUGACCUCAUGGGAGUGUUCGCCAAGGCUUUCUUCAGCACAUUAUUCGCGCCGUUCAACUUCAUGGUGGAGAAGAUCGAGAGCUUUCUUCCGUCCAGCCUGUGGCACCACCUCACUCGGAUCUGACGACGUAGGCGGGAGGGGGCCGCGUGGGGGUGAAGGGGUCAGGCAGGGGGGCGGCGGUGGGGCGGGGGGCGGCCCUCGGGCCUGAAACCGGCCUGACGACAGCGACCACGGCCAGGACCACACUCCACCCCCCCCCCCCCCUCCGAUCUGUGUGACCGCGCUCGCUUGGGACGCUUUGUGAACGGCCACCACCGACGAGGAGAAUUUCUCAACGCAGAUGACCAACAACGGCGGCGACCCCCCCCACCCCUUCCUUUCCGUGAUGGCGGCACCGGCGAGCAAGCUUGGAACGGAACCGGUGGUGGUGGUGGUGGUGGUCGUCCGGGCAUACAGCAGCUUCUCAGACUGGGCUGGCUUGCCACACGUGCCCCCCCCUCCCCCCCCCCCCACCCCCUCUGACCCCCCCCCCCUCCCCCCCAACCUGCUUCUUCACCUUUGGACAACUUACAACAAUAAACAAUUAAACACACACAUUGGUCACUUCUGAAGUUACCUCUAGCUUGGAAAAUGUUGAAAUAAAAUUUGCUUAAAAAACUGUUUUGAA